AUGGAAGACACAGUUGACGCGUUUCUCGAGAUCGCAUCACUUUCUCGUGAGGGGGGAGAUAAAGAGCGUGAUUAUACUUCUUUUAGCCUCUGUUGGAAGCUUCCAAGAGCUGAAAACCUUCUUCUUCCCUUGGAGCUUGGAGCAUCAUCUUCUUCUCUUGGAGACCUGAGAGCUUGGAGCAAGAGAGGGAGGCUAAAGGGGAGAAAGAGCUUGGCUAGCAAGGAAGCAAUGUUCCUACUUUCUUUCAUUAAAGGAGAGCUUCAUCUUCGUGCGGAGCUUCUUCAGAACAUCGCGAGACCUCAGAACAUCACAGAAACAUCGCAUCUCUCCUACCACUAGGAGAGCUUCAUUCUACGUGAAGAAAUGCGGCAUGAAAUGACGAAAGCUAACCGGGUCUGAAGUGUUCCAAUUUAACAAUCUAUAUCUAUGAAUAUAGGUUGUUAAACAUACCUAUGAUUCAUUAUUUAAAUUUAUAGAUAUUUAAAUCAAUGUAAACUUUAUUUCAUUACGAAUUUUAAAUAUUCCUUAUUUCAUUA